AUGGCAUCUCAGUGUAGUACUAGUGAUAAAAAAAGGAAUCGUAAGCCUCUUACUUUAAGUGCCAAGUUAGAAAUGAUUCAGCUAAGUGAUCAAGGCAUGUCUAUGGCUGAGACAGGCCGUAAGCUAGGUUUCACUCGCCAAACAGUUAGUACAAUUGUGAACGCUAACGAGAAAGUGUUGAAGGAAAUUCAAAGUGGUACACCAGUGAACACUAAAGUGAUAAGAAAACGUGAUAACCUUAUUGCUGACAUGGAAAAACUUUUACUGUUGUGGAUUGAAGAUCAAACCAGUCACAACGUGCCAUUAAGCCGAGCCAUCAUCCAGGGCAAGGCCCUAAGUCUCUUCAAUGCUACGAAGGCUGAGAGAGGUGAGGAAGCUGCUGAGGAUAAAUUCGAAGCUAGCAGAGGCUGGUUUAAUAGGUUUAAGGAAAGAAGCCAUCUCCACAACAUCAAAGUUCAGGGUGAAGCAGCUAGUGCUGAUGCAGUAGCUGCAGAAAGUUAUCCACGUGAGCUUUCUAAGAUCAUCGAAGAUGGUGGAUAUACUAAGCAGCAGAUUUUCAACAUGGACGAAACAGGCCUAUAUUGGAAGAAGAUGCUGUCUAGGACUUUUAUUGCUAAAGAGAAGUCAAUGCCUGGCUUCAAAGCUGCGGAAGACAGGCUAACUCUCUUGUUAGGGGCUAAUGCAGCUGGUGAUUGCAAGUUAAAACCUAUGAUGAUUUAUCACUCAGAAAAUCCUAGGACCCUAAAGAACUAUGCAAAAGCUAGCCUCCCUGUUUAUUAUAAAUCCAAUUCAAAAUCUUGGAUGACUGGUGAUCUUUUCUCAAAGUGGUUCACGGACUAUUUUAAGCCUACAGUUGAGGCUUACUGCAAGGAAAAGAACAUUCCUUUUAAGAUUUUACUUCUUGCGGACAGUGCCCUUGGCCAUCCUAGAGCUCGAAUUGGUUUGUACAAAGAGAUAAAUGUUAUUUUUCUACCUGCAAAUACAACUUCAUUGCUGCAGCCUAUGGACCGUAUAAUUGCAGCGUUUAAAUCCUAUUACCUAAGAAGAACUUUUGCUAAGGCUAUAAAUGCCUUAGACAAUGGUAUGGUGGUGGGGCAAAGCGAUAAUAAAUUAAAAGCAUUUUGGAAAGGCUUCAUGAUUUUGGAUGGUAUAAAAACUAUUAGAGAUGCAUGGGAGGAAGUUAAACAACAUUGUAGUAGUAUUGCUCUAAAGACUUUGGGAGACUAG